CCGAACCUUGCAACCGUCAACAAACCUACGAUCUAUCAGAAUUAUCACGCCGAUUCAAGACAUUCAUCUGAGGAACAAACUUCCGAGAUAGCUGAAUAUUCAAUCCACUCUCUGCCUCAAUUGUGCGCUGCGCAGUGCCGUAUCGCAAGCAUCUGAUCUCUAUCCUGACCCUCGGAUCUCAAUUCAGCCAACCACGGUCAUCAUGGAUGCGUUUUCUCGCUCAGCAUCGCGCCCUCGGCCCUCUUCUCGACCCACGACCCCCUUGCGACCCAGUUCACGCUCCUCGUUCCGCGAAGCCCAUGGAUAUGGAAGCAGUAUUGGCAAUGCUGGCUAUACACAACCCGCCAUCAAUGCGUUGGAACCCCAGUUCGCGGAACUCGCAGACUCGAUGGCGGAUCUAGAAGCCAACUUCAUGCAUCUCCAAUUAAUGCAUGAGAGCUUGACACGAUUCAGCGAAAGCUUCGCCAGUUUCUUGUACGGAAUGAACAUGAAUGCCUUCUGUGUGGAUUUUCCAGAGGCACCGAUCGCAGAAUCAUUCCGGAGGGCAAAGCAAGCGGAGAUGCAAAGCGCAGCUGAAGCGGAGGCAGCGCAAGCGACCAAUGACGCAGAAAUGACUUUCAUGACUACGGAUACCUCGUUUGUCGAAAACCCACCGAGCAUGAUCUCUUCCAAGCCCACGCCAAGGAUCCCGGCUUCUUCGCGCGGAUCUACAAGAGGAACCACCAGAGGAACAACCAGAGGGGCCACUAGAGGAACGCGCGGCUCGACAACUGGGCGAUAUGCUACAAGAGGCUCUAGCCGAGGAUCCCGGCCCAGUGCACUGCCCCGGGGAAGAGGCAUUCGGUGAUCAAGAGCAGCAGUGAAUGAGGACAUGAGAAGCGACAUGAAUUACGGCAAAAAACUUAUGCGCAUACAGGGGUGCACGCUCUUGGCCGCUAUCCCACGCGACUGGCAGGCCCGGCGAGGACAAAGACCCGCACACAUAGGACGAUCUAGGUCGUGAAGAUGUUGCGAUGGUGCCUGCGAAGCAGACUGCGCUGACCGAUCUUGGUAUACGAUACUGCUUGACAAGCACAGGAAAAUUGGUAUACACAGGUUUUUAGAUUGUGUGUUGGUAGAUUAGUCUCACGAUAGCUCUUCAAUGCUCGAUUUGCAUUGUAGACAAUGUACACAACAUUCU